AUGUCAAAACUGGAUAAGAGCACCAGGCUGGCACGUAUACUUCUGGGGCCAGACUCACUCACCCACGAUGUGCAUCACCAGCCUCCCCUACUGCCCACCGCAACACUCUCAGCAAAUCCCCUCGCUCGUCCACGCAGCCGCAGCGAUCGACGCUCAAACCCAGCCAACCCAGCCGUCAUCACCCCUCUCCCUAUCGGCAUCCUACUCACCGAUCUCACCACAAAAUGCGUGGUUCAUCUGCGAGCAUCCCAGCACAGCCCGCACCACCACCAACAACAACAACAACAACAACACAACAACAACAACAACAAUCACCCCAGCAAAGCCAACCCAGCCAACCAGACUCCGCCCAAGACGGCGCAAGCCUCCACCAUAUCCACCUCCCCCACCACCUGCCCCAACAUCGAGAUCCGCCAUCCCUCCUUCAACGGCGCCAAAUGCAUCCGCUGCACCGACGCCGCACGCGCCGCCGCUGCUGCCAAAGGCGUCACCCAGGAAGAAAAGGCCCAGGUGGAGAUGGUGCGGAAGCUGGAGGAAGAGAUCGCGCGGCUGGAGGGUGUGGUGACGAAUAUGAAGAGGAAGCUGAGGAGCUUGACGCUUGCGAAGGAGACGGAUGGGGAUGAUGGGGAGGGGGAGACGGGUGAGGGUUUGAAGGAUGUUCUGGAGGGGAACCUGGGGAGUGGGUGGGGGGGUGUGCUGUGA